AUGACUCCCAGGAAUACACCUGCCGACCGCAUCAAUAAAUUCAAGAACAGGGGCAAGGAUCCGGCCAAACUCCGGGAAAAGAGGAUGACGGAGCACGUGCAGUUGCGCAAAGCUCAAAAGGAUGAGAGCUUUAUGAAGAGAAGAAGCAUCACGCUGUCUUCCCUGCCCAGCGAGGAUACGCUUUCUCCUACAUACGUCUCCGAUGACCAGGUUUGCACUUACAGCUUUGAGGAAAUCCUGAAAGAUGUCAACUCUGACUGCAGGGAAGAUCAAAUUCGGGGCUGCCAGGCUGCCAGAAAGCUACUUUCCCAAGAGUUGAAACCUCGCCUGAAGGAGGUCAUAGAUGCUGGGCUCUUAGCCCGCUUUGUGCUCUUCCUGGGUAUGGAGGACGAGCCCAGUCUGCAGUUUGAAGCCGCAUGGGCGCUGACCAAUGUCGCCUCUGGAACGUCUUGGCAAACAAAGCAGGUGGUAAAACAUGGUGCUGUACCCAGCUUCAUUUCUCUGUUGGCCUCCCCACAUUUGCACAUCAGCGAGCAAGCGGUAUGGGCCCUUGGUAACAUUGCAGGUGAUGGUCCAACUUACAGAGAUGUCCUCAUUGAAUGCAAUGUGAUCCCUGCCUUAUUGGCACGGGUCUCCCCAGAAACUCCUGUUGGGUAUCUACGCAACCUUACAUGGACUUUGUCAAACUUGUGCAGAAAUAAAAACCCAUUUCCACCCUUGUCUGCGGUCCAACAGGUGCUUCCUGCAUUGAUCCAGUUUCUCCAUCUUAGUGACAAGGACAUCUUGUCAGAUGGAUGCUGGGCAAUCUCCUACCUGACGGACGGUACCAAUGAUCGUAUUGCUAUUGUGGUCAAAACGGGUAUUGUCCCUCGGUUAGUGGAGCUCCUAAGCCACACUGAGCUGACUGUCGUGACCCCUGCCCUUCGUGCCAUCGGAAACAUAGUGAGUGGCUCAGAUCUGCAGACGCAGGCGGCGAUUGAUGCUGGUCUUCUUGGCAUACUUCCGUGCCUCAUGAAUCACCCAAAGGCCAAUAUACAAAAAGAAGCGACAUGGGCCUUGUCAAACAUUGCAGCCGGACCAUGUCAGCAAAUCCAACAGAUCCUCACAUGUGGUCUUCUCCCUCUUUUGGUGGAAAAACUUAAAAAUGGAGAUUUCAAGACUCAAAGGGAGGCUGUGUGGGCAGUGACAAACCUGACCAGUGGGGGCACUGUGGAGCAGGUAGUAGAGGUGGUGCAUAGUGGGGCGCUGGAAGCAAUAAUCAAGCUUCUGCAAGUUAAAGAUGCCAAAAUCGUUCUAGUCAUAUUGGAUAGCAUCAACAACAUUUUUAUGGCUGCAGAGAAGAUUGGUGAGGUGGAGAAACUCAGCGUGCUGGUUGAAGAGGUGGGAGGACUGGAUCACAUUGAAAGUCUCCAGAACCAUGAAAACGAGCAUGUGUACAAGGCAGCGCACAAAAUCAUUGAGAAGUACUUUGUGGAUGCUGAGAUGGAGAGUCUGGUUGAUGUCCCAAAGACAGGAGAUUCUGUGUUCUAG